CCCUCUAUUGCCAUGAAAUAUCAUAGAUAUAUUGAUGAUGAAGAGUCUAAGUUAAAAAUAAGUGAACGGCUGCGUAAACUUUAUGAUGAUGUUUCAGGUCUGGGAAGCAUGGGCCUUUUUAGGCAGUUUCUUCAACUUCUGUGGAAAAACCUCAUUCUCAGAAAACGACAAAAGCAUGUGCUGCUAUUAGAAGUCGUGUGGCCAGUGUUUAUAUUUUUGGUGGUGAUCAUCAUUCGUCAAGGCACACCACCCGUGAAAAAAGAUACAUGUUCUUACAAUGAGCACGCUAUGCCCAGCGCUGGACUGGUUCCAUUCCUACAGUCCACAGUCUGCAAUUUACAGAAUCCAUGUGAAGCACGGAGCAGUAUAGAAAUAAAACAAAAUAAUAUGAAUAGUUUUGCUGCAGCUAUACAAGAUUUGACUCCACAUUUCUCAAGCGAACCGACCCUUAAGGCCUUGAAGUCCGUAAAGACCGGCGUCAAGCUGGCCAAUGCCAUAAGUGACAUCUCAAAGAAUGGUUCUCUGUCAAACCUGAUGAACGACACAAGUUUUCUGCUGAAGAAAUUUUUUCGAGACCCUGACAAGAUGAAGGACAUAUUCGUCAAUGAACUCGGAGUGAUGACUAGUGACGUAGCUGACGCACUGCUCAACGCCGAGCUCAACAUUCCAGAGGUCCUUCACAAUAUAGGUUCUAUAGACUUCCGUGAUAUCGUUUGUGAUCGAGACAGACUGAUGGAAUACAUGAUGUUCCGACUAGAGGUCAAUGUGACGUCAGUGUCCACCACGCUUUGUUCCAUCCCCGAAAACAGGAUCCCAGAGAUCACUAACGUGGUGCAGAACCAGAUAGAUGUGGCGGCCAUUAUACGAGUGUCUAAGACACUGACCACUCUGACGAUGGAUUACACGUUGACGGACGCGCUAGAAGACAUCGCCACAAUGACGGACCUCCUGUAUGGAACCCCCAACUUCAUGAGCAUCAUCCGAGACCUUCCUAACCUCAAAGAUCUACCCAGUAUAAUGCACAAAAUUCCAGGGCUGGUGGACUCCAUCAUCAAACUGGGUGUCACCGAUCUUUCCUGGAUGACGGAUCUAGUCAAGUUUCUGGAUCCAAUCAUCGAUCGUUUAGACCCUGAUAACGUGGGAUGGAACGUCACUAAGGAACUAGUCGGUGUAGUCUUAGACGUCUCAAGUAUCGCAAACGGAAAGACUGUUAACAUGACGGACCUGAUUGAAAAACAGAAGGAAGUGAUGGAAAUGUUAGAGUCGAGAAACAUGAGUUUGGAUUGGUUAUCCACAGUACCUAACGUCAACCUUGACAACGCUGUAAACGUCAUGUCGGCUCUGUUCAGUGGCAAUCUUACAGGGCUUAACGAAACAACUAUCCUGCGUGGUUUGAACGAGAUCCAGAAUUUCACCGAGAUGAUUAUCGGGAACAACAGUCGGUUCAUCAUGGACUCGAUUGAUGGCACCAUGGAUAUUCUGUCCACCGUGCUGGAUGCCAUGCUUGAACUAGAGAAGAGCUUAAAUUCAACCUUUGUGUACAACCAAGAUAUAAUGGAUGCCUUUACAACAUUAAUUGAGAACGGACCGAACCUGACAAAAUCCGUGGUUAUGGAGUUCAUAGAACCACAUAAUUUAUUGGCCAUAGUAAACAACACCAAAGACUACCCUGCUAUUUGUAAACAGAUUGUGGAGAAGAGUCUGCCUUCCAAAAAUAGCCACGCCCACAUCUCAAAAUUGGAAAACAGUCUAUGUAGUCACAAAAUUACCAAAAACAUUGAGACUAGUAUGCAGAUGUGGGAGGAUGUGUUUAAUAAACAGAUCCAGCCUAUGAUAGACAAUGUUGUAAACGGUACUGUCAGACGUGUGGAAAUGGCCACGAUCUACCAAAAGGCCAAAGCCCUUGUCUCAGGGGUGGAUGAGCUGUACGGGAGGGGGAGCGUGUGGGAAUCUAUAUUCUUGAGGAUGAGUCGUCCCUCCAUCGAUCCUAGGACUGAUGAAUGGCAGGCAUUCUUCAGAGACACACAAACAUAUCUCAUCCAGGGAAGUUGGCCAGUGGUAGUUGUCAUGACUGGGCAGUACCUAGAGAAUUCACCGAUGUGGAACACUAUUGGUCCAAUAGUAAAAUCCAUCAGUGUAGUCAUGCAAAACCAGAUGGAGCAAAAUAGAAAAAUCGAAGAACUAACUCGAGAAAACUCAACUAUGAUGACCCUCAUGAAAUUUGUGGUUAACUAUUCUCCUGAAAUCGCAACAGCUACCAUGAAAAUGAUGCAGAAUGCUACUAUGAUCCAGACUUUAGCCACACAGGGUUUUACAUUGGAAUCUUUUUGUGACAACCACAUGCUGAAAGAAAUGGGAAUGCCUAGUUAUGUACCAGUGGAUACUGUAGAAAACAAGAUAUGUACCACUAACUGGACGGCCAUGAUGACAGAGGUGGUGUCUAUUGUUGACACAAGCUCAAUGAGUGCAGAGAUUACAAAUUAUGUGACCAACAAGAACGCCAGCACAGAUGUUGAUUGGGCCCAGAUGGUAUACAAUAUACAGAGUAUGGUGUCAAUGGAGCAGAACCUCGUGUCAUACAUGAUUGAAUCCAUGUUGAUGUCCUUUAAUUUCAGUAAAAUAAGUGAAACUAUGGAGGUGGUGAUGAACCAAAUAACGGAGCCAAUGAUGAUAUCCAACAUGGCAUCUAACAUGAGUGUUCAGAAUCUUAUGAGUCUGAGUGCUGGUUUUGUGCCAACUCUGCAACAACUAGAUGUACAGCUAGAAAAUGUAACAGAGUGGAAAAUGGUGAAGUACUAUGUUAAUGUGUGGAACAGUAUCUCCAAAAUGGCUCUGGAAUUCCUUCAAGAUUCCAUGUCAGAUUUGGAUAAAUAUUUGAUGGAUUUAUCUCCAACUUUUGCGGACUUUUUGAACACUGUAAACAGCUCCACUCCAUCACUGUUUAAAGCAUUGGAAAGGGUCACACUUCACCCUGGCGUGCUGUUACAGAAGUUGCUGACUACAAACCUGGCUGAGGUAUGUCAUGGAGUGAGGGUCUCUGAUCUCCUCGACAGCCCCUCCCUGGCACCAUAUGAGGAUCACCUGUGUCAGGUAGACUGGACCCAGGUGUACAGGGAGGUUCUAGACAACACUGGUCUGUCAGCAAUCUUUAAUGACACAAUGGAAACUGCAAUUCAUGAAAAAAUAUAUGUCAACUGGAAUGAGACAUUCCAUCAAACUGAGCAGCUGUUUGAAGAAGUCUGGAGAAUUCUCUCUCAUCCUUCUAACUUAACUUCCACUCUAGACAAAUUCUACAAUAUACAGCUGGGGAAAACCAACAUGACAUGGGAAAGUCUACUGUCUUUGUAUAAUACAACACAAAACAUGAAUUUGACUAAGCUUGCAGAAUUGGCAAACCAAAUUCCAGCAGUUUUAGAAAUGUUAAACAAGCUCACUGGGAAUUCCUCCAUGAUUUCAUCCUUAUUGGACAUGCAGCCACAGUUUCUCUACCAGACAUACUCCAUUCAGCAGUUUAUUAUCAACCAACUCCAGUAUUUUAAUGACACAACACACGUAACUCUGUCUGUAUAUCUGAACUCCUCUGAGCUGGAGCGACUCUUUAACCAGCUCUCGGAUUCUCCAGCAAUGAGUGGGGUCCUGUAUAGGAUUAUUGUCAAUGUUGUCUUUGAUCCCUCAAAGAUGACAAACCUGACUAGUUCAGUGGACAAGUUCUGUACGGAGCCCGGAUUCCUGACUCCUUUUGUGUUACCCAGUGAUUUCCAGUCUGCAGAAAAGUUGCGGAAUUACAUGUGUGACACCGUUAACAUGAAUGUAACAGCUUUAUUACAUGAGUUGUCACAAACACAUGGCCUUCCUCAAUUAAUGGAAUCAUUAGAGAAGACUGAUAACUUUCCCACUAUCAACAUGAGUUUGAUCAUUGAACAAUCGGAGAAACUGUCCAAGUUGAUUACAGACAUAAUAAUUCACCCUCCAACCAUCAGCCUCAACGAGAAAGAUGCCUGGUUAAAUGGAUCUCUCUACACAAAAGAGUUCACAGACUUCUUACAGAGACUCACAGACAAAACGACUAGCACAGAUAUCAUUCAGAAUGGACAAUUGGCAGAACUAUUCCCAGCUAUAUUAGAGAUGAUAACUAAGAUGACUGGAAACUCCUCUGAAUUUUCAUCUUUUAUCUCCAUGCAGUCACAAUUCAUCUACCAGACGUAUUCCAUUAAUCAGUUCAUCAUUAAACAGUUGCAGUUUUUUAAUGAUUCCACACACAUCACACUAACCACCUAUUUAAGUUCCCCGGAACUGACCCGAUUGUUGAACCAGAUCUCAGACUCGCCAGAAAUGAGUGGAGUGUUGUUCAGGACACUGGUCAACAUCAUGUAUGACGCACAGAAGACACAAUACCUUACAAACAAUGCAGAAAAGUUCUGUACAGAAGCUGGUGUAUUAAAUCCAGUGGUGGAUCCAAGCGACAUCCAAAAAGCAGAGAAACUGCGUAAUUAUGUGUGUGAUACCCUGAACAUGAAUGUCACAGCCCUCUGGCAUCAGCUGUCAGAAGGCCAUGGAAUACCACAGCUUAUAGAAGCAUUACAGAAGACUGAUGGUUUCCCGUCUAUCAAUACAAGUGUAAUCACUGAACAGUCAAUGAAGAUGUCCAAGUUGAUUACAGAUCUAAUAACUCACCCUCCCACCAUCAGCCUGACUGAUAACGAUGCCUGGUUAAAUGGAUCUCUCUACACAAAAGAGUUUACUGAUUUCUUACAGAAAAUCACAGACAAAACAACCAGUACAGACAUCAUCCAAAGUUUGAUGACAGCUUCCUACCAGAAGCCAAUAAUUGACUCCAUUACUGCACCCCUGGCAAAUGUGACAGAGUUCCAGACUAUUGUACAGGUCACUGACUGGUUCCUGGUAGAACUCAAAGACAAGAUUCUGGCUGGAAGCUCUGAUGCUAUGAAGGAUAUCAUUGCUGAGUUCAAAGGUUAUCCACAAAUGGAGCGUCUAUUGAAUCUUCUUGACCAGCUGCCAAGCUUCUACCAAACCUUGCUCUACAACAUUGUCCAUCAUAUGGAGAAGGUGCCUGAAUUGUUUACUGCAGUGUCUAAGGGCUGGGAUGAAUUCUGUAACAAAACAAAUACACUGAUUUAUGAUGAUCCAUCACAGACUUUUAGUGCUAAAGCAUUCCUUGGAGAAUUGUGUCUGUUGGACUUUGAUGAAAUGAUGACUGAAGUUUCAAGGUUUCAGGUGUCCAACAAAUCAGCUGCUUCAUCUUUGAAUGUUAGCGCUGGAUUAGAAGACAUUAUCCAAAAGGUAGAAGACAUUGUCAAACUUAUGAACACCUCAGCCAUUGAUAAUCUGCCCAAGUUCAUGCAGCUGGAAGUCUGGAACAGUGCCUCCUCCAUGAUGGCGAAAUCACUGACAGAUCCUCAGAUGAUGUCCACUUGGAUAAGUGGAGGAGUGAGUAGUCUGACAAGUGUGCUGACCAUGAUCGAUGGAGGUAAACAAUUGCUGCAGGUCUUCGAUGCCUCGUUCACACUCACAAAAGCUCUUUGGACAAGAUUCAGCAAUCAGAAAAAUGAGUCUGUGCUAGACCUGAUGGUUCUGCUGAAUGGAGCAAACAAUACACAGAAAUUGUGGAAAUUAAUACAACAACCAGGUUCUAUUGAGGUUCUCAUCCACUCAGCCAAUACACCACAGUUUAACCAGCUUGUUCAGAAGAACAUGACUGAGGCUCUGCUGGACCUAUGUGAUCCAUCUAGAGGAAUGUUUACUCAGAUCUUCACUGUGCCGGCUGGAGUUAUGGCCAAUAGGACUGACCUACAGAGAAGACUGUGUACAGUCAAUCUCACACAGCUGGCCACAGAGUGGGAGGAUAUCAUAGAUCUACACACUGUUAAACUCAUGGUGGAUCCAAGUCACCAACCCUCCCUGAACUGGACAGAGGUCACCUUAUUCUUUGAUGAGAUGACUAAGACUAUAUCAGAGUGGCUGGUACAUCCACCUCUAGUGACUGGUUAUCCCAGCAGAUGGUCAAAUGAAUCCUAUUGGCUCAACUUGUUGAUGCAACAGCCAGCUUCCUCUGGAUCAUUGUCCAACAUUACCACUCAGUUGAAAAGCAUUCUGGAUGCCAUGUCACCAUUCUUGGACCAGGAGCCAAUCAAAACAUAUGGUUUGUUUCUGGAAAAAUUGCUCAAUUUAACCAAUCAUGAAUUAGAUAUGAUGGCAGGUAGGAACUUCACAAACUUACAGGACCUGGUGCAUUAUGUCCCUGCCCUUGAGAAGUUAAUGUUAGCAUUGAAUCUGAGUGAGGAAACAGCAGAACAGUUAAUGAUGGCUCCUAUUAAAAACCCGUCAGAGCUUGUUAAGAUACUGACUAGUGACCAACCUCUAAACAUGCUUUGCUCUGCAGAUUUCUGGCAAAAACUUGUCUCCUGGUCCAAUAGUUCCAGUCCUGUGUCGUCAGUGCUAUGUCAUCUGAACGAAUCUGACGUAAUUAAGGUCAUCAUUGACUCACUCAAGGUAACAGACCUUGUCAAAAUUCUGGAAAAUGAGACAUCAACAGAGAAACCAAAUUGGAUGAAUAUCAUUGAUGAAGUCAUGCAUAUGGUGAAAUCUGUCGAAAUAUUAAUCAGCAAUUCCUCCUUCCAUCUAAAUAUAGAAAGUGCUUUUGACAAUGUAAUGAAAGCUUACACAACACAGAACAGUGUUGAUGAUUUCACCGCCCUGUUUAAAGUAUACAGCGAGCUGGCUCUGAUGUUCAACAACACAGAGAUUUGGCAGAAGGUGAAUGAGUUCUUACAGACAGGGGAGAUAUUGAUGACCUCGGCAGUCAGGUUCAUGGACCGACUGGUCACUCUGGACUCCAGUGAUCUCACAGGAAUGAUCCUAGGCUUGAUGAAGCCAUAUAAGCUUUCAGACCUGUUUACAAAGGAAAUGGAUUUGUGGGGUGUGUACAACUUAACAUGUAAUGCCACAGCCUGGAGAGAAUUGUUUCAUUUUGCUCCAACCACCAAUGUGACAGCUUUGGCCAAUUUAGCAUGCUUUAUGAAUAAAAAAGAGGCUUCCCAAUUUAUUACAACUCUUAUGAUGAGAAAUCAAAGCCUUCCUGCAGUUGAUAUUCAACAAUUCUUGAAGACAGUAGAGAAGUUUAACGAUAAGUUUGCGAUGUUGCUGAAUGGUUCCAGUCACAUGGUUGACAUCAACAUGACAUCAUUUCUACAACGGCUGCAACAGGAAGUGGCAGUACUCUCCAGUACAACGUCCCCACUUAUGAUGGAGAGCCUAGAUAAAUAUUUUACUGCUAUGAACUCGUCAGACUGGGGAGAAGUUACAGCUGUGGUGAAUGGAAUGUCAUUGUGGCUCAAAAUGUUGGCUUCUAAACUGGAAAAUAUUGCAAAUCAGCCCCUGAGUCUCUCAGUGAUCCUGGGUGGGGCCAGUACAGACCCUACAGUGAAGUUUAUACUGAGUAAUGAAUUCCUGAACAGUAUAGGGGAUAUCAAGGUUAACCCUCAGAAGUUGUCCUCAGCCCUUCAGAAUAUGAAUGACUCGAGCCAUGUGUGUGCGGCAAUCCUACUGUCUCUAUCCACCCCUGCUAACAAUGCCACCUUGCUCCACCUCCAGAAUUUACUCUGCAGCCUUAACCAGUCCUCUGUACUAGAGGCAGCUAUGACUGGGUUCCUGGCCAAUCAUCAGUUUGCUAAACAAUUCCAGGCUGUGAUAGAUGAAUCUAUGAGUGGACAGUCUGCCCUGAACAUGAGCGCUUAUAGUGAGGCUGCAACAGAGUUCAACAUGGCCAUUCAGCACCUCGUCAUGAAAAAUUGGACAGGGCAGAGUCUGGACAACAUCUUCAAUAUGUCUGCACUGCUGAAUUCUAUCCAGCGAUUAGAACAAUCAUUCCAAAAUGAAAUGAAUGAAAAUCUUCUGAAAAUGGCACCAGUCUUACUGCAGUCAACACUAGGAGCUGUUCCAGACCCAGCAGUCGCUAAAACUGUCAAGACAGUCAACAUGUUCCUAGAGUUUGCCAAUGAUAAACUGAGGUUCUUAAAAGGAUCUUUGGGAAUCAGCAAUGUCUUCCAGAACUCCUCUGCCUUGAUAGAUUACUUCAAUGCUGUGCAGAAACUGACAAACAAUGGAAUUCAAGAAGUCCAGAAAAUGAAUUUUACCCAGCUGAUAGAUUCUUUGAUGAAUGUUGGUUCUAUUGAGAACCACUGCACACAUGGGACAAUCGGCCCAUACUUUGGAUUGACACCAGAUUCCCCAUGGAUCCCCAUUCUGUGUGCUGAUUAUGAUCAGCUUUUAAAUUCUUUAGAUAAUCUCACAGAUUCUUCGUCCAUUUCAAAACAGUUGAUGGACAUUUGGAAUGCCAGCAGUGCUGUUGUGGUAGACUGGGGUGACCUCAGUAAAAACAUGGACACCUUUAGCUCCCUACUGACAGAGCUGGUCAAGACCCCGCCCAGUUUCACACUGACCACUUUCCUAGACACCAACCACACCAUGAGCAUAAUCUCAGAGUACAUCAACAACCCUCAAAGGAUUGUUGAGUUUAUGCUACAGACCAGUAUAAUGGACAAGCUUCCCCCAGUACCGGAAUCUUUCAGAGGAAUGUAUAAUGUCCUUACAGAAAUGUUGGCAUUUUUAAAUGACACACAGAAUGUGAAUGGACUUGCAGAUAUCUUCAGAACUUGGUCUUCACUGAAUACUCGAUAUGAACUGGCUUCUAGUCGCUUCAAUAAGCUUGUCAUCUUGCUUGAGGACCACCAGAAGAUGUCAGAAUUCUCCUCUGUUUUCUGUACCCCUGGAAUACUAUCUCAGCUCCAGAAUUACUUUUCUAACAAUACCAAGAUAGUAUCGGAUAUUUUGUGUACUAAGUCAGUAGAUUCCUGGUACAACGAACUACAGAAAAACUCCAUGUCACAGGACAUUUUCACCAAUUAUAUACUGGCUAUAUACUACACAGAGACAGGUGUAGAGCUGAUCCCAGAUCCAGUACCAGUAGCCUGGAGUGAGAUGCUUAACGAGGUCAAAAAGGUCAUGACAGCCUUGACCUCUGGAAAUCAGAGGGACUGGGAAACUUUCCUCAACCAACAAACCUCUGUCAACGACACCAUUCAACAAAUUAUGGACUGGUUGAAGUUCUUUGAACAAGAGUUUCACAUGGGUAUUGGAGAGUUCUUCAGUGUGUUUGUGCCAAUCAGUAACAUGUUCAACAAGCAAAUUGAUAGAGUCAAAGGUUUUGGUCACAAUAUUUCCCUUUCUGCAUUCCUACCUGUAAACAACACACAUCUGGCUAGUUUGAUCGGUGAUGAAAUAAAUCACCCUUCAGCUGCUAUCCUUGUGUCAGCUGUGGUCGCCCCAGAAAUGCUGAUGAAUCUAAUUGGGAAUGGCAUUUGGAAUGAAACUAUUUGUAACCUGACCAAGUUCCAGGAUAUUUUCACUUUCCCAGCUGAGACAGAUGUGAAGAAGAUUCAGUCUGACCUUUGCAAGGACAUCAAGGAACCGGGCUCCUUUAUUUACAAACUCAUGAACGAUUUGAAUGUCAAGGACAUCAUAAAGAUUGUGGAUAAUUACACACCAGUGGAAUGGCAAAAUGCUGUCAUAAAGCUAGUAGAUAAUAUCAUGUACCUCCAGAAAAUUGAAGUUCGGGAUGAUUUGUCUGCCUGGAUCAGACCAAUGAUGGAUAUCUUCUCUACAGAUCUCAUGUCUACAGUUGAUCUAGAGAGCACCUGCAAUAACUUGGUGAUGUAUGCUUCUGAUUCAGCGGCUUAUAGACGAGAGGUAGAACCAGUACUUAUAGCUGUCACAUCUAAUCUUCAGACCACUAAGAUACAGCUACAGCUUCAGUUAGAACUUGAAGAUUUCAUGUGUGAUAUAUCAAGCAUGAACAUGUCAUCUCUACUUCACAAUUUGGAAUCAAAGAAUAUUUCACACCAGAUUCAAGAGUACAUUAAUGUGAUGACUGGCCAAAACACCAGCAGAUUUGAGUGUCAUUCAACGUUCAAUACUAUGAAGGAUAUAUCAGAGUUGUUUCAGAGGAUGAUCAAUCAGACUUUCAAGGACAGUACCAGGACAGUGCAGUGUCUGGAACAAAUAACAAUGCUGCCAUCCAAAAUCUUUUCAGGAGAUGUGAUGGAGUCCAUUAAGUCUGUGUCUCGUCUGAUGGUGGAUGGAAUGUCAGUGCUGAAUCAGCCAUUUAUGCAGAACAAUGAAGUCCUUAACAUGAUUACAUCUGUAUUCCAGAAACUAGCUACAGAAGAUUUAACAUCAGCUGGAGUUUUGGUUUCCGAUCUCCUAAGUUCAAACUCCACAAUGGCCGAGAAGUUACAGGAUAUCUUAGACUUGGCACCAGAGGCUGCCUCUGUGUUCCUUAAUGCUACAAUCAAACCAGACUUUAUAAACUUGUUAAUAAACAAUUCUCAAGAGGCAGCAGAAAUACUUUGUAACCCAGACAGACUGGAGAAGUAUGUAGAACUUCCUGGGGAGCUGAUGAAUUCUGUCCAGAAUGUCUCGUCUGUGUUGUGUGGUACAGACCCAGGACAGGCGGCAAACACAGCUAAAAUUAUAGGAGACCUACUGACUGUAACUGCCAAAGUUGUUAAUACCCAAGACUUUGGGAGCCCCGCCUGGUGGAACCACAUCAGUGCAGAUAUUACAGAUAUUAUUGGGAAGGUUCAGAAACUAGGCCUCUUUAACCUGACUUCUAUUGACCUGGACAGUGUUGAUCUGAAGACAGUUUUACCAUAUAUACAGGAACUGAUCUAUAGGAAUGGCCCAGAUGCUCUUGCAGACAGUUUGGUGGAGCUUUUGAAUGAUUUCAAGCCCAUUAUGAAUGACACCUUCAUGAUAAGUGUGACCUCUGACAUUGAGGUCAUCAUUAGAGGCCUGACCUCACUCAAGGCCAUCAGAAACUUCAUACCAAGGACAGUGUUGAUUAGGACAGUGUUGAAGGAUCCAGCAGCCUUCCAUGACUACCUGACCCAGAACUUGACACUGUCAGAUGAGGAUGCCACCGCCAUCAUUGAGGGAACCAUCAACUAUGCUUCUCUAAUGAGUCUGAAGGUAGAAGAUUUUGGAAACUAUGUCUGUAAUGUGACCAGCCUUGACAUUCUGUUGAAUUUGACAUCCACAAAAGUCAGCAUUUCUGACCUUAGUAAGACUUUGUGUAACAUUGGAGAAGCCAAGGCUGUUUCUUUUGUGGAAAGUAUGUUGCAGAACAUGGAUCUUGGAAAACUUGUGCAAGAGUAUGUCAGUAUGUCAUCUGGUAAGUUCCUGAAGCAUGCUCAGUUGACCCCCUCAGAGGUUCAGGAUGCUGUGAAGUACAUGAGUGACAGUAGCUCUCAACUGAAUGACCUGGCCAAUCUCUUUAACAAUAAGUCCAGCCAACUUGGCUUCAGCAUGGGAACCUUCGAUGCUCUCCAUGGGUCAGGAUCCUCCUCCGUAUCUUCACUGUAUGACAUGAUCUGUGGGACGGGGAAAAGUACUGCCAUCAAGGACUCCACUGGAGUAUCCUCCAUCUCUUCCAAAACCACAACACCUACCACUUCCCUCACCCCAGAUCAACAGGCAGAACAAAAGACCCUGCCAGGUGAGUUCUGUCAGAACAUGUAUGAGACGAUUAUUCAGAUGAGCCAUGGACCAGUAAUUUGGUCCUACCUAAAACCCCUCAUCAUGGGCAAAAUCCUGUACUCCCCAGACACCCCAGCCACACGCAGCAUGAUUGAGAAGAUGUACAACAGCAGUUUCAAAGUGUUGGCAGAAGUCAAGGAUUUAGCAGAGCAGUGGUCAAAUGGCACCCAGGAUUUAGGAGAGUUCCUAUCUAACACUGCAGCUAUUGCAAUGGUUAAGAGUCUGGAUGGUAACAAUUUCAUAAACAACCUACUUGAGUCAACUCUACAGGUGUCCUCUGCAGAUGUGAUGAAUGGUUUCUACACACUGGACACCCUCAGUAGUAACGAGGUCCUCAAUAUCUCCUCCUUCUUCCGACUCCUUGCUAAUUACACUCAGUGUGUGUCCACAGAUAGAUUCGUACCUAUGUCAACUGAGAGAGAUAUGGAACUCAUGGCAGUACAGCUACAUCAGAAUAAUACAUACUUAGCAGGUAUUGCUUUUCAAAUGGAAACAACAGGAAGAAAGAAAAGACAGGCCACAGAUUCUAUUCCUAAACAUGUGGUCUACAAAAUCAAGAUGGACAUUGAAAAUGUGGAGAGCACAAGAAGACUUAAAGAAAAAUUCUGGAGGCCAUACCCAGAAGACGAUAUGUUCCUUGAGAUGAGAUAUUUCCGAGGAUUUAUUCAGCUCCAGGACAUGUUAGACCGUGCCAUUAUAAAUCUUCAGACAGGAUCUGACGUCAAUAACACAGUGUUUCUACAGCAGUUCCCCACUCCUUGCUAUGUUAAUGAUAAAUAUAUGGAGCUGUUGAGUUCUUAUCUUCUGCCGAUCAUGAUGACUAUAGCGUGGUUGGCAGCCAUAUCAGUUGCUACUAAAAACCUGGUGUACGACAGAGAAAACGGCCAAGAGGAAGCUCUGAAGAUAAUGGGUCUGAACUCUGUCAUGACCUGGUGGGUGUGGUUCUUGUCGACCAUGGUGGUGAUGACCAUCAUCUCCCUGAUCUGUCUCCUCCUGCUAAGGGUAGGGGGACUCUUCACCUACACAAACUUUGGCAUUAUCAUCCUCUACUUCCUGGCAUUCUGUUUCUCCAGUACAAUGUUGUGUUACAUGGUGGGUGCGUUCUUCACUCAGGCCACGCUAGCCAUCCUGUUUGUGGUCAUCAUAUACCUCCUCUCUUAUCUCCCCUACAUCAUCCUCAUCGCUAUGUCAGCCGAGAUGGAGUUCUGGCAGCAGAUCCUGGCUUGUCUGUCCUCCACUACAGCCUUUGGAUUCGGAUCACAGUACCUGGCUCACUAUGAGAUCCAGAUGACUGGAAUUCACUGGAAUAAUCUGGAUUCCAGUCCUAUAGAGGGAGAUCAGAUGAAUUUCCAUUGGUGCCUGGUGAUGAUGGCCUUGGAUGGAGUAAUCUAUCUCCUGAUUGGUUGGUACGUCAGAGGGGUCAAACCAGGAAAAUAUGGAGUUCCUGAGCCUUGGUAUUUCCCAUUAUCUCCCUACUACUGGGGAUGUAUCAAAUCCACUGUAAAAUCGGCAGACAAAUAUAGAACAAGCUCUGGCACUGGUGCCUUAUUGGAGGAAUACAGUAAGGACAGAAAAGUAGGAAUGUCUUUAAGACACCUCUCAAAGAAAUUUGGGAAUCAGGAAGUGGUCAAAGAUCUCAAUUGUGACUUCUUUGAGGGUCAGGUGACUGUGUUGCUGGGUCACAAUGGGGCUGCCAAGUCCACUACAUUGAACAUGAUGUGUGGGAUUCUGCAGCCUACUCAUGGUAAGGUGUCGAUAUACGGACACCGGGCCAGACAUGGGGCUAAGAAGAUAGGAAUCUGUCCUCAGUACAAUGCUCUGUUCCAUUACAUGACAGUUCGCGAACACUUGGAGUUUUAUUCUGCAAUCAAGUCUGAUGCUUCCAAAAGUAAAAUAAAAAAAGAGGUUGACAGUUUGUUGCACGAUGUUGACCUAUGGAAUGUUCAGGAUGCAGUGGUGUCUACAUUGUCUGGUGGUAUGCAGCGACGACUCUGUGUAGCUCUAGCCUUCGCUGGGGAUUCUAAGGCAGUCAUUUUGGAUGAACCAACAAGUGGGGUAGAUCCUAGUGCAAGAAGAAGCAUCUGGAACCUGCUGGUCAAACGCAAAAUGAGAUGUACAAUCCUGCUGUCAACCCACUUCCUGGAUGAAGCAGACACCAUCGGGGACAGAAUCGCUGUGAUGCACAAAGGCCAAAUCCUGUGUACAGGGUCACCCAUGUUCCUUAAGGAGAAAGUUGGCAGUGGCUAUCACCUCAGAUUUGCUAAAGCAGAUACCUGUAAUACUAAUGAGGUAUUGGCAGUGGUGAGGAACUUCACACCAGAAGCUGAAAUCGUCACUGAGGUUGGAUCAGAGGUCAUAAUGUCAUUGCCAUUCUCCAACGACCAAUCAAAUCAGUUCUUCAAAUGUCUAUACAACCUAGACAAGGCGGCAUCAUCACUCGGUGUAAACAAUUAUGGGGUCUACGAUACCACACUUGAAGAGGUGUUCCAGAAAGUGUGCUCUGUAGCAGACAAAGACAUGACCUUAACAGAACAAGUCCUACAGGAAUGUCGUCAAAAACCCAAAAUGGAGAACCCAGAGGAGGAACAGGCUGAGGACAAGGCAUCUGAAAAAAGUGCCAGUUAUUCAGUGCAUUUCUCUGGAUCUAAACGGAAGGGGCUGAUUGGACACAAACUGGGUCAGUUUACUGGCAUGCUGAUCAAGCGUUUCCACCAUUACCGACGGGACUGGCGUAUGUUUCUGUCUGUAUUCCUGCUCCCCUUGGUGUUUAUGACUGCUAGUCUGGGUCUGAUGGAGCUACAGCCACAGAUAGGAAACGCCCCAGCCAAAGUCCUCACUCCCCCGCUGUAUGGACCCAGAAGCCACGCCUUUAUCAAAGAUAAUGUCAACAGUAAUAUGACCAGGUAUAUGGUAGACAGCAUCAAGUCCCGGCCUGGAUUUGGAACCACCUGUAUGAAGGAUAUUAACUUUGGACCUCCUUUUGAGUGUGUUACACCAGAUGCAGGAUUUUCUACAGUGACAGGUGGACAGAAGUAUGACAACUGUUCCUGUGUGGACAACAAGUAUGUCUGUAGUCACAGAACAAUGUACCAAGACGUCCCACUCAUGACAACACGGACAACCACUCAGCUGUAUAAUCUACAGGAUAAAGACAUAGACCUCUACUUACUACAGACCUCGCAGAGAUUCCUAUGGAACAGGUUUGGUGGACUUUCCUUUGACCCAGUUUCUGGUGACCCAACAACAAUGAAGUCAACAGUUUGGUUUAACAACAAAGGGAGACAUGCUCUACCCUCCUUCUAUAAUGCCCUUUCUAACACAAUGCUGAGAGCUACAUUGUCUGAGGCUGGAAUGACAGACACAGAGAAUUUCGGUAUCACUGCCAUUAAUGAACCCAUUCUGCUUCAUGAACAGCAGCUAACCAUUGAUACACUAACAAAGAAGGCCUCUGAUGUUGGAAUUGGACUGUUCAUGUUGGUGGCUUUCUCCUUUAUCCCCGUGGGCUUCACCAUGUAUGUCCUGAACGAACUGUUGAAGAAGGAAAAACAACUCUUGUUCCUCAGUGGAACUGGUCCCCUGCUGUACUGGUUCACUGCCAUCUUAUGGGAUAUGUUCCUGUACUGUCUCACUGUGGCUCUCACCGUUGCUAUCAUGGCCAUCUUCCAAAAUCCUGUUUACUGGGAGAGGUCCAACCUAGUAGCCAGUGUGCUCCUUGUAAUCCUGUAUGGCUGGGCAUCAAUCCCUCUGAUGUACAGCAUGAUGAAGCUGUUCAGAGAUACCUCCACGGCCUACAUGGUUCUUUUCUGUGGCAGCGUGUUUAUUGGAAUCACCACUGCCUGCUGUACAUUCCUUCUAGAGUACUUCUCAGAUUCAGAGAAAAUUCAGGAAGCAUUUGAAAUCCUGAGUUAUGUGUUCCUGGUGUUCCCUCAAUUUAGUUAUGUAAAUGGCUUCCUGAAGCUUACAGCCAAUCAGCUACGUACAGAGAUCCUAUCGACGUUUAAGCAGGAUGCUUAUGUGGACCCGUUCUCCUUUGAUAUGCUGGCCUGGAACUACAUUGCCAUGGCAAUACAGGGUGCUGUGUUCUUCAUCAUCACUCUACUGACUGAGUUUUCAUGUCAUUGUUCAAACAGAGUUCCUCACAGCUUAUACCACGAGGAAGAGAAGGAGGAUGAGGAUGUGGGUGCUGAGCGAGCUCGUAUCAGGGAAAGCACGACCAGCGGGAAUUCUGUCACCGUGUCUAAUCUCUCCAAGGUGUAUAGACGUGGGGGACAUGACUUCCUGGCUGUGAACCAGCUAUGCUUUGGGGUGAAGAAGGGAGAGUGUUUUGGACUGUUAGGUGUGAAUGGUGCAGGUAAGACCACCACCUUCAGAAUGCUGACAGGUGAUAUCAAGCCAUCCAGUGGGGCAGCUUUCAUAAAAAAUCACAGAAUUGCGUAUGGAGAGUCCAGUUUGGGUCGGGAUCUGGGAUACUGUCCCCAAGAGGAAGCACUGGAUCGUUAUCUGACCGGUGGGGAGAUGUUACACUUCUAUGCCAGGAUGAGGGGACUACCCAGAAGCUAUAGAAAUUACACUGUGCAAGACUUGAUCCAGAGAUUAAAGUUGGCAUCCUUUGUUGACAAGCCUGUCCAUACAUACAGUGGUGGAAUGAAGAGGAAGCUGUCUGUAGCCAUAGCUCUACUGGGAGAGCCUAAUGUUGUCUUCCUGGAUGAGCCAACUACAGGAAUGGACCCUACAGCCAAGCGUCAGGUGUGGAAUUGUGUGCUGGCAGCCAUUAAGAAUGGACAGUCUGUUGUCAUGACAUCACACAGUAUGGAAGAAUGUGAUGCCAUUUGCACACGACUAGCCAUCAUGGUGAAUGGGAGCUUCCAGUGCAUUGGCAGCUCACAACACCUCAAAGACAAGUUUGGAAGUGGACACACAGUGACAAUAUCCCAGUGUGGUCUUCCAUCAGAGAGAGAGGGAUUAAUGAAUUUCUUUGAAGCAAGGUUCCCAGGGUCAAUAUUCAGGGUACAACACCAGGGUAUGCUAGAGGUCCAAGUGCCAAGUAACCACACCUCUGUAGCAGACGUCAUCCAAGUUCUGGAUGAGCAGAAAUGUCGAGGAGUCAUUCAGAACUACUCUGUCUCUCAAACCACACUGGAUGAUGUGUUCCUAAGCUUCUCUCGCGAGCAGACAGAUGGGGUGGGAGCCGAAGGAGAGGAUUCCUAUACAGACUUCAGUAGUGAUGCCAGCGAAAAUGUCUCACAGAUCAGCAGCUCUAUUGCAAAGAAUCAGUAUGCCUACAUGAACCCAGGUUAUGCUGGAGACAAGGGGGAGAAAAUGGGGCAACUGUCAGCAGUAUUCAUCAAUCCUGAGGAAGAGUUCACUGCCCUUUGAUCCAUUGACAUUCUGAAAGUAGUUUCUAAUUCAGCAUUAUAAAAUUUUAUCACUAAUGUUGCUGUGUUACAAGGAUAUUUCAAAUAUAUUCAAAUAGUUCUGUGAUAUCGGUGCUUCUGUAUUGUGUUAAGGUAUAUCUUUGAUAAUUUAUACCCAACCUUGAAUAUAUUAUGGUUUUGAUGCACAAGACUGUAAAUAUGCACAGCAGUUCAUGUGAACUUUAAGAUAUAAAAUUCAGGAACUGAAUCGAUAGUGCUAUGUCUGAUAAAUUUUUUGUCAUCCAACUUUAAGUCUGAAGUUUAUCUACUCUACCAAUGAAAUCCAUAUGUGCAGUUACAGUGUAGUAGCUGAUCUUCAUUUAUUUAUUAUCAUGCAUUGAACUUGUAUUUUAUUAGCCUAUUACGCAGAGUAAAACCUCAUAAAAGAUUAUAUUUUUAUGUAUAUCAAUGAACCAGGGUAAAAUUACGUGUACAUGUAUAUUUCAGUGGGGAUGUUUUUUUUCUGUUGCAUUGAUAACAUGAGUCUUUAUACACAGUAUACUGUAAAAGUGAAAGUUUUGUGAGGGUCAUUUUUUGUAAUUUCUGUUUACCAAACUUUACACCUUCGGGGUUAUUUUUGCAAAAAUGCGGAAAUAUUAUUAAUCAUGCAUAAAACAAAUUACUAUACACACUUCUCAUGUUUUGCAAAUCUUCUCUAAUCCCAAAAUUCACAGAGAUUACCUUCAAAUUUUCACAUUUACAUUAUAUAAAUACUGUGGUUUUGUCAUUUUUCAUUGAAUACCAAUUUUUGUUGUUGUUGUGGUUGAGCCAUAACAUUGGGUGAUAAUGAACUACAUGUUAUACUAAUUAUAGAAUGGGACAAAGUAGCUGUUCACAAAUUUACAUACCAACGAAAUAUGGCCAAUAUCUGCUCCCAAAAUCAAUUUUUGAUGGAAAAAUCUUUAUGGAUAUUUGCAGACUUCAGAGCAUCAAAUAUUUUCAUCAACCAUGACAUCAUAUGUUAGACAUGACUUUAAGAAAAUGAUGUAAAUUGAGAAUUCCAAUGAUUUUGAAAGAAAAAAGUAUAUUUUACAUUGAUAUUUUGAUUGGAAGUUAUUGAGCCAAUGUCAGCUAAGACUUGAUCAUUUGAUAUAAUGUGUAGAAUGAUUCAUGUAUAUCAAUAAAUAUUUGUCUAAAUAUAGUACUAGAAUAAGUUACUCUGUAAAUACUAUUGUCAAAAUUUAAACAAACUUUGAGCAAUUUGUCCUCUUCUUAAAAAAUAACAAAAAAUCCCAAUAGUUUGUAAUGUCAAAGGGACAAAAAAUGCUUAAUAUGGUCUUCCAUUCCAUAAUAUAUUUUGAUAUAUUCAGAUUUCUAAUACAAUAUACUGGUAAACAAAUAUGCAUGUUUCAAGAGAUUUUCAAAAUAUGACUUUUAUGGGGGCAGGAAUAUGCCUUUACCAUGUAUAGUUCUUUGAUCCCGACAAAGAUUAAUGAAACCACAGGGUGUAGUCCUAAUUUAUAACCCUUUCAUUUUUAUGUACAGUUCAUAUGAUCUAUUUUUCAGUGAGAUAUUGUAAAAUCCUUAUCACUUUCUUUUUUAAUGUUGUUCAGUUUUUAGAAUGUCUUUGUAGCAUAUUAUCUACAAUUAACAAUGCAAUUUUUAGUGAUAUGACUGUUUUAUUCUAUUAAACUGGUUAUCUGUAAAACAUAAUCGUAUUUCAUGAACAAAUAUCCAGUACUCCAUUUAUUCUCCACUUUAUCUGUAAUCAUUGGCUUUUUUUUUUUUUUUACAGAGAACCAGUUUAUAGCUUGUUGUCAAUUAUAAUAUAUAUAUGGUGCAACUUUGGAUACCAAUGCAAAAUGCUUUAAAUAAUUUUAAUUACACUAAUUU